UGGCGCAUGGGCAAACGGAUCAAGCAGCUCAACUUUGGCGGCAACGGCGAUGGCAAUGGCGGACUGAACGGCUGUGGCUUCUUGAAGAAGUUUCGAAUUUACGAUCCUACACAUUUAUAGAUUCACCAAUAUUGUUUUUGUUCUUAAAACCCCGAAAUGGACGUCGAGUGUGGAGCGAUGGAGACAAUCCUAAACCCUGUAGGGAGCCUCGAUGACAAAUUAGCCGACUAUGUUGAAGAACGUAAACAAAGGACCGCCAUGAUUGUUAGCUUGAAGAAGGCACUGGAGUUCACAUCAGAGGAGAUGAAAGAAUGCAACAAUCAAAUGAAGAAAGUGGAAGAGCAAAUAAAUCGCUUGUGUAAAGAAAAUAAUGAUGUGAAAGAAGAGAUGUUGCGGAAGAGUAAGAGAUGUGCAGUGUGUGAAGAGAAGACUGGACCACAUGUCUACAUCAACGCGCAGAGGAUUGGAGACGACCAGCAGCUGACUGGUCAUCCAGAAGAAUUCCCACCUCAGUCACAUAGGGAGCGCUCCACUUUGAAGCAGGAAGCUUCAAAGCCCCAUCCCAUUAAAAAGGAAGAGGAGGAACUCUGCAUCACUCAGGAGGGAGAGUGUCUUCUAGGACCAGAGGGAGCUGAUUACACCAAGUUGCCACUGACUGUUGUCUCUGUGAAGAUUGAAGAUGAUGAAGAGAAACCACAACCAGACAACCUCUUUGCUCCACUAUCAGAUAGUGAGGCUGAGGACGAGGUUGAAGUAACUUUGAGCAGCGAUACAGACUGUGAAGGUGAUAUGAGGACUCACACUGACCACAAACACUCUGAAAGCUCUAAAAAGAAGAGAGGUAAACAACCUUUCAGUUGUUCAGUUUGUGGCAAAAGCUUUUCUCAAAAUAGCCAUUUGACUGAACAUGUGAGAGUACACACAGGCGAAAAACCAUUUAAUUGUGCAGAUCGUGGUAAAAACUUUACUACAAAGAGUAAUAUGACCAAACACAUGGGAACGCACAGAGAAAAAACAUUGAACUGUUCACUUUGUGGUAAAAACUUUACUAGCAAGAGUUAUUUAACUCAACACAUGACAUCACACACAAGAGAAAAAACAUUGAACUGUUCACUUUGUGGUAAAAACUUUACUAAAAAGGGUAAUUUAACUCGACACAUGAGAUCACACACAAGAGAAAAAACAUUGAACUGUUCACUUUGUGGUAAAAACUUUACUAGCAAGAGUAUUUUAACUCGACACAUGACAUUACACACAAGUGAAAAAACAUUGAACUGUUCACUUUGUGGUAAAAACUUUACUAAAAAGGGUAAUUUAACUCGACACAUGAGAGCACACACAAGAGAAAAAACAUUGAAGUGUUCACUUUGUGGUAAAAACUUUACUAACAAGGGUCAUUUAACUCUACACAUUAGAGCACACAGAAGAGAAAAAACAAACUGUUCACUUUGUGGUGAAAACUGUACUACAAAGAGUAAUUUAACUAUACACAUGAGAGCACACACAAGACAAAAAGCAUUUAACUGUUCACUUUGUGGUAAAAACUUUAUCAGCAAGGGUCAUUUCACUCGACACGUGAGAUCACACACAAGAGAAUUCGCAUUAAAGUGUUAUGUUUGUGGUAAAACAUUUACUCAAAGGCCCACUUUUAUUCGACACAUGAGGACACACAAUGAAGAAAAACGUUUAAUCGCUCAGUUUGGGGAAAAAUCUCCUCCGUCAAGACCCAUGUGACUCAAAACGUGAGGACACACACGGGAGGAACAAUUCCUGGUCUCUUGAUAUUUUUCCAUGAAAGGGCUUUUUUCAAUCAAUCAAUCAAUGUUUACUUUUAAAGCCCUAAAUCACGAGUGUCUCAAAGGGCUGCACAAGCCACAACCACAUCCUGGGCUCAGAUCCCACAUCAGGGCAAGGAAAAACUCAACCCAGUGGGACAAUGAGAAACCUUCGAGGGGACCGCAGAUGUGGGGACCCCCCCUGGGCGACCGGUGCUUUUUAUUUUUUUAUUUUUUUUUAAACAAGGCACAUACUGUAACUUAAAUCCAUGUCUGCGAACUAACAAAAAGUAGACUUUUAAUUGAUCAGUAUUGUGAAUUGAUGGAUUUGAUGUAAAUAAAGUAGUAAAAAAACAAAACGAUUGAUUUCCUUGCCAUCAAAGGCUGCCGAGCACAUCGUUCAGGUUUCUGUACGUUUUUAUCA